AUGUCGCGCUCUACGGACUCUGGCGGCGCAACGGCCGAUGCGCCUUCGCUUCCCUGGAGGGCAUUGUCCUCCACCACCAUCUUCGGAGUUGCAGCAUUAUGCCGCUCUUUUCUGUACCUCUGCAGUCGGCCACAAGCAAAUGGAUUGGAUCAAUUUCUCGAGCUCCUCGACUCGAGGAGUGAUCCCUCGCAGAGAACGAGAGGCUUGCUCACAGUUUCGAACCAUACCAGCGUGUACGUGCCUACAUUGCGUCUCGAAAGCUGA